UCUGUAAGGGGUAGGGUUGGGUCUUCUCUGUUAUUUUAUGGUUUCCCUGUGUUGUCGCUGUGCUUCAGUUUCCACAGAGAGGGCGGUGACAUGUGACGACUCUCAGAACGUCCAUCGCCUGAGCUGUGAUCUGGGGGUGGUGGUGGUGGUGCAGUCAGCUCUGUACGGUCGAGUUGACAAACUCAUCUGCAGUGAAGGGAGACCCGCGGAGCAGCUCACCAACACCCACUGCUCCCUGUCUGGUGUAAAGGAGCGCAUCCAGACCAGGUGUGAUGGGAAGAGUCAGUGUGAACUCAACACAGAUUUCUUCCGCUCGUCUGACCCGUGUGUGGGGACUUACAAAUACCUGGAGACAAACUACACCUGCUUCCCAGCAAGUGAGUUUUACUUCAUUUGUAUUUAUAAACUGAGCUGGGCAGUAGUACACAGUUACAUUUAUUUGAGUAACUUUUUAAAGAAAUUGUGCUUUUCUAGCAGUAUACUUUUAGUCCUGCUUAUACACUGCUCAAAGAAAUUAAAGGAACACUUUGAAAACACAUCAGCUCUCAAUGUGAAAAAAAAAAAAAAAAAAAAAAUGCUGGAUAUCCAUCCAAAUAUGGACAGGGAAAUGUCUCAGGAACAAAAAGAUGCUCCUCUUUUAAUGAAACCCUGAAAAUCAAAGUGAAAUAAUGAAGUGGCAGGUUAGUCCAUUUUGCCAGAAUUAAAUUUCUAAACUCAAAAUGCUUCUCAGUAUCUUGUGUGGCCCCCAUGUGCUCGCCUGCAUGUUUGACAACGUUGUGGCUCCUAAAGAGACAAAAGAUGACGUCUUGUGGGACGUCCUCCCAGAUCUGUGUGAGCAUCACUGAGCUCCUGUAGAGUCUGACGAGAAACCUGGUGACGUCUGGACCCAAACAUAAUGUCCCAGAGGUGUUCUAUCAGGUUUACGUCAGGUGAACGUGAGGGCCAUUCAGUUGUGUCAAUCCAUUCUUCCUCCAGGUUCUGCGUGCAGACUCUUGCCACACGAGGCCAGGAGUUUUGCGUCAGGAGUAUAGACUGUAUAAAAGAAGUGGACUAAACGAGUGUGACGUCACCCACAGCGUUCAGCGCUGCUUAAAUGAGGCUCGUGAUGCUCACGGUUACAGGAGCAAAUCUGGAGCCAGAUUCUGUGUUAUGAAGAGGAUUUUUUUGACAGACAAAAUAGUGAAAAAAAAAAUCAGGCUCAUGUAGAGUGAGUUAAUAUGAACAUUUUAAGACCAGAAU